UAAUAAAAAAAAAACAGUCAAGCAAAAUAAUAACAGCACUCCAUCACUGUCACCGCUGUCACCGCCACCGACCGCCGAAGUUGAUGCUUUUUCAUUGCUCUCACCAAAGCAGCCUUUACUUACACGAGAGUCCUGCUCCUUGAUUGAGAAAAAAAAAAAAAAAAAAAAACAAUAUGGGAUGUUGUGCUUACAGUGUUUUAUAAAAUUCCCUAAGCUGUAGUCUUCUCUGCGCUAUGAGUCGGUACGGUAGAUCUUCUAUUUGUUCUAAUUAUUCUGACCACGAUAACAACGACGACCACGAAGGGGACCAGUAUGAACUUCAGUUCAACCAAGCUCAGAAAAUCCCAACAGUGGAAUCUAAUAGUACUAAUAACGAAGAAAAGUGUAAUAGUAAUAAAAGUGCCAUCAAUUCAAGUUCAACUUCGACUUCAAAAUUUAGAAAAGUCACAACUAGCAAAGAACAAAAAGAACAACAAGAACAACUUACAUCAGAAUCAACACAAGAACUUGAGCUAUCAAGAUCACAGCAAGAAACAAGUUGUGGUGUCAUUAGUCAACAAUUACAAAGGCAACGCCAAUUUCAAUCUCAUCGACAGCAAAAUAUCAAUUCAAACGGAAGUCCACGCCGUGGGGGAGAAACAGAAACACAAACAGAAACAGCAACAACAUCGGCAACAGUCAACACUGACGCUGAAGCCGACGUCCAAACUCACAACAAAUCAACAAAAUCCAUUAAUAAUAACACAACUGAAACUGAAGAAGCGUUAUUGUGCGUGUCGUCAUCGUCAUUGUCAAAAAGGCCUUACAGAAACUAUCGUCACCGAGAUCCGAACCACAAACGUCGCAGUUCAGACUCAACAGCCACCUAUCAGCUUCAGCAGUUUCAAUCACAGCAGCUUGCCGAGGAAUACAUCCCAUGCAAAUGGUGCGGGGGUCAAAAACCACCAAAACGUGAUACCGAUUCAACGAGUAAAUGUGGCCAAAGUCAGGAGAAACGACCAACUUGUGCUGCUACUGUUACUACUACUUCUACGAAAACUAAAGCCACACAUAGAAGACAGUAUUUCGAGCCUGGUCCUGUUGCUGUUGCCGAAUUUGGUAUUGAAAACGAUUUUCGAAAUUCAAAAAACGACAACGACAACAACGACGUCGAAGUCAUCAAAUCCAAAGCCAAAGUCGAAGCAAGUGAAGAAGACGUUUCUAAUCAACAACAACAACAACAACAACGGAGAAAACAGCAUCACAAAUGUAAUAUUGAGAAAAAAGAUAGACAAUUUAGCGAAAAGGACUACGAAGACUUUGAAGACAUCAGCAGUGUUGAUAAAGAAAAAGAAGAAGAAGAGAAUAUCAUCAGUGACGCCACAAAUACAGACGACGACGACGUUGACGACGACGAAAAAACCCUUUUUGCCAAAACUAGCAAUAGUCACCAAAGUAGAUAUAAUAAUUCUAGCAAUAGCAGCUUUAGCUGCUGUUCAAAUAGUAGCAAUUGCGAUUGCAUAUGCAAUUGUAACGUUUGUAUUAAUGAACAAAAUAGCACUACUGCAUCCCAUAUUACCAAUACCGAGCUAGAACCAAUUAUACCAAUUCAUCUAUUACAUUUGACAAAAAGUCCAUUACUAUUUAAUCAAGAAGAAGAAGAAGUAGAAGAAGAAACAAAUCCUAAUGAAGUGAAGAUAGAAAAUAUUGAAGACUUUGAAGAAUUUAUAGAAGAAUUUGAUGAUAAAUUAAAAGAUAAUGAUAAAGACAAACACAAGGAAAAAGUACUAGUUAAUGAAGAAAUUAAUCAACAACAACAACAACAACAACAACCACCAACUGAUUACAGUAGUAAUAAUAGACAAUUUAUAACAGGUAAUAAUUGUAGUAGAAGAAGAAAAAGGAAAAAAGUUUCUACUACAAAUACAAGUAGUAGUAAAAAUAAAUCAGUAUCUUGUUUGCAAUGUUAUCCUCAUACAGCAAGAACUCUAGCUAACAAUAACCAAAGUAAUACCAAUCAACAACAACAACAACAACAACAACAACAACAAUUUUACAACAAUAAUACUAAUAGUAAUAGUCGAUUAACUGUAAGUACUAAUAAUAAACAAAGUAUAAAUAACAGUGCUGUUCUAAGUACUAUUCCAACAAGUCGAAGUGUCAACUUUGACAGUGCUCUACUUAAUACAACAACAGCAUCGGCAUUAGGACAACGCAAAUGUUCAGUAAAAAGUACCAAUACAAAUAACAGUGGUGAUUAUUCAACCUCACAAUCGCAACAACAUCAUCGUAGACGAUCUAGUGCUAGUCAAAGUGUUGCAACUACUGCUGACGGAGGUGGAUUAGCAAGUAGUAGUAAUAGUAGUAAUUGUAGUAUAACUGGUGAAAAUAAUAGUACUAUUUGUGGUUUUGGUGUUGGUGUGAUAAGUAGCUUUAUCGUUAGUGAUUAUUAUAAUGAUGAUGAUGAUGAUUUUAUCGAUGAUAUUGUCGGUGUGAAAAAAAUCGCAAAUCGUCUGGACGAUGUUACUGAUUGCGAUAGUUUAAGUGAGCAGCAUAAUUUUUCAGAUGCUCAAAUUGAUGAUAUUUUAGGUGAAGAAGAAGACGAAGACGGCGACGACGAUAAUAUUAUUGACGACAUUAUUGACGACGACGACGAUCUAGAACAAGAAGAAGAAGAAGAAGAAGACGAUAACGACAACGACGACGACGAAGAAGAACAAACUAUUCCUCGUCGCCGAUGUCAAAGUGAUAUAGAUAUAAGUAGUGCUAUCGGAUUAGGUCGUGUAAAUCGAACAAAUUCUAAAAAGUUAGUUGUUAACGCGACAGAACGACCAUUGCCGUGUAUACACGAAUACGAUUCAAUAGAACCACCAAAUUUCGGUGGUCAACAACAAAGACCAAAAAGUGCGGGUGUUGUUUGUCAACAUACGCGUCAAAGACGUUCGUCCUUUUUAUCAACAUCAUUAUCGUCAAAUCGAAGCAGACAUUUAUCACCGCCUGUUGUCGGUAGUGUUGGAAUUGGUAUAUGGCAGACAACAAUUAAUGUAUCUGCAGCAAUGAAUGCCGCAUCAAAUAAUAACGGCGCCAAUAAUGGCGCCGUAGGGGGUGGAUUGAUGGGUAAUCGAAAUAACGAUGAUGGCGGUAUGUCGCAAGGUGGUGAUAAUAUUGAGCAUAUGAAUGGAGGAAUCGGCGAGGGCACAGCGAGUGUUAUGGGUGGUGGUGGCAUCGGUACACCUAAUAUUGCCGAAACUACAAAUGGCACAACUAUUGGGCCAGCACAAAAGACAACUUCAUCGACAGCACAAAAGAAGCCCGUACGACGGGGUGGCAAAGCCCAACCCGAUCGGCCCGUACGAGCGUUAUUUUGUCUUGGUGUUAAAAAUCCUCUCCGGAGUUUAUGCAUAAGUGUUGUUGAAUGGAAACCAUUCGAAUAUUUAAUUCUUUUAACCAUAUUUGCCAACUGUGUUGCCUUAGCCGUUUAUACGCCGUAUCCUUUUAGUGAUUCAAAUCAAACAAAUGCCUAUUUGGAAAAAAUUGAAUAUGUUUUUUUGGUAAUAUUUACUGCAGAAUGUGUUAUGAAAAUCAUAGCGUACGGAUUUAUGUUGCAUCAGGGCGCAUAUUUAAGAAAUGGAUGGAAUUUAUUAGAUUUUUUCAUUGUUGUUAUAGGUAUGAUAAGUACGGCGUUAUCAAAUUUAAUGAAGGAAGGAUUUGAUGUUAAAGCUUUAAGAGCAUUUAGAGUACUUAGGCCAUUGAGAUUGGUAUCGGGUGUGCCAAGUCUUCAGGUUGUACUAAAUUCAAUUCUUCGUGCCAUGGUGCCUUUAUUGCAUAUUGCUCUAUUGGUCUUGUUUGUGAUUAUUAUUUACGCUAUAAUUGGAUUAGAAUUAUUUUCGGGAAAGAUGCAUAAAACCUGCCAAAAUAAUGUUACAGGAGAUUAUAUGGAAGAUGCACAUCCAUGUGGUAGUUCAGGAUACCACUGUCCACCGGGAUUUGAAUGCUAUGACAAAUGGGAAGGUCCAAACUUUGGAAUAACGAAUUUUGACAAUUUUGGACUAGCCAUGUUGACGGUGUUUCAAUGUGUCACACUUGAAGGAUGGACAGAUGUUCUCUAUAAUAUUCAAGAUGCAAUGGGCAGUACUUGGCAAUGGACAUAUUUUGUAUCCAUGGUAAUAUUGGGAGCAUUUUUUGUAAUGAAUCUAAUUCUUGGUGUGUUGUCUGGUGAGUUUUCAAAAGAACGUACAAAAGCAAAAAAUCGUGGUGACUUUCAAAAGCUACGCGAAAAACAACAAAUCGAAGAAGAUUUACGCGGUUAUUUGGAUUGGAUAACACAAGCCGAAGAUAUCGAACCUGAAGCUGAUGGAAAUUUGAUACAAGAUAGCAAACAAAAACAACCAAAUGAAAUGGAUUCAAAUGAUCAAUUGGGCGAAGAAGGUCAAGAGCAAAUAACUGAAUCGUGGGUACGAAAGAAAAAGAAAGAAAUGGAUCGUGUUAAUCGUCGAAUGCGUAGAGCAUGUCGAAAAGCUGUUAAAUCACAAGCAUUUUAUUGGUUAAUUAUACUGUUGGUUUUUCUAAAUACUGGUGUGUUGGCGACAGAGCAUUACAAACAACCUUCAUGGCUAGAUGAUUUUCAAGAUAAUACAAACGUAUUUUUCGUGGCUUUGUUUACAUGUGAAAUGGUCCUCAAGAUGUACAGCUUAGGUUUUCAAGGAUAUUUUGUUUCGCUAUUUAAUCGUUUUGAUUGUUUUGUUGUGAUCGGUAGUAUAACAGAGAUGUUAUUGACCAACACGAAAAUAAUGCCACCUUUAGGUGUGUCCGUGCUACGUUGUGUUCGUUUGCUGCGAGUCUUCAAAGUCACAAAGUACUGGCGUUCUUUGUCGAAUUUGGUGGCUUCAUUAUUGAAUUCAAUUCAAUCCAUUGCCUCACUUUUGUUGCUAUUGUUUUUGUUCAUUGUUAUUUUUGCCUUAUUAGGAAUGCAAGUAUUUGGUGGAAAGUUUAAUUUCGCUCCCGAAGAGGAAAAACCUCGGGCGAAUUUUGAUAGUUUCGUCCAGAGUCUUUUAACUGUGUUUCAAAUACUUACUGGUGAGGAUUGGAAUGCUGUUAUGUAUGACGGUAUACGAGCCUACGGGGGUGUUGCAUCAAUUGGCAUAUUAGCAUGCAUUUAUUUCAUUAUCCUAUUCAUUUGCGGUAAUUAUAUCCUUUUGAAUGUGUUCUUGGCCAUUGCUGUGGAUAACUUAGCUGACGCUGAUUCAUUAACAACGGUUGAUAAAGAAGAAGAGACUGAAGAAAAUAAACAAAAGUCACAUAGUCCAUCGCCAAAUAUGGAUGGGGAUGAUGAAGACGGCAUGGAUGAGGAUGGUCGAGAUAUCGACGAUGAAGAAAAUAUGGAUGACGAAGAAACUCUAUCAGAAAUGAAAAUUCGCUUAGACAACGAAGACUACGAAGAAGAGCAAGAAGAAGUAGUUCACGACCAAAUAACAGCACGUCCACGGCGAAUAUCUGAAAUCAGCGUUAAGAAGACUAAAAAACCAAUACCACGUGGCUCGGCGUUUUUUAUAUUUUCACAUAAGAACAGGUUUCGAGUGUUCUGCCAUUGGUUGUGCAACCAUAGUCAUUUUGGAAAUGUUAUACUGUGCUGCAUUAUGUUUUCAUCAGCUAUGUUAGCUGCAGAGGAUCCACUGGACUCGGUGGCACCUAGAAAUUUGAUCUUAAAUUAUUUUGAUUAUUUUUUCACGGCUGUUUUUACAAUGGAACUGGUUCUCAAAUUGAUUUCAUAUGGCUUUGUUAUUCAUAACGGAGCCUUUUGCAGAUCCGCGUUUAAUCUAUUAGAUUUACUUGUGGUCUGCGUUUCUUUAAUAUCAAUUGGUUUCAGUUCGAAUGCGAUUUCGGUCGUGAAAAUUCUUCGUGUUCUCCGAGUCUUAAGACCUCUAAGAGCUAUCAAUCGCGCCAAAGGAUUAAAGCAUGUAGUUCAAUGUGUUAUAGUCGCUGUAAAGACUAUCGGAAAUAUUGUCCUAGUGACAUGCCUUCUUCAAUUCAUGUUCGCCGUCAUAGGAGUCCAAUUAUUUAAGUAUGUUGUAAAAUGUGUGAUAGUUGCAAUUAAAACAAUCGGCAAUAUAAUGUUGGUUACCUAUUUGCUACAAUUCAUGUUUGCUGUAAUUGGAGUGCAACUAUUUAAGGGAAAAUUUUUCAAAUGCACAGAUGGGUCAAAAAUGGUUGAGACUGAAUGCCAUGGAACAUAUCUGGUUUAUGAUGAUGGAGAUGUUCAAAAACCAAGACUCAAGGAGCGCCAGUGGCUACCAAAUAAAUUCCAUUUUGAUGAUGUGGCCAAAGCUAUGCUUACCCUAUUUACUGUGUCAACUUUUGAGGGAUGGCCUUCACUUCUUUAUGUAUCGAUUGAUUCACAUGGCGAAAACAAAGGACCCAUCCACAAUUUUCGACCAAUUGUUGCCGCCUAUUAUAUAAUUUAUAUUAUUAUCAUAGCAUUUUUUAUGGUUAAUAUAUUCGUUGGUUUUGUCAUUGUAACAUUCCAAAAUGAAGGCGAACAAGAAUAUAAAAAUUGUGAAUUGGACAAAAAUCAAAGGAAUUGCAUUGAGUUUGCAUUGAAAGCAAAACCCGUUCGACGUUACAUUCCAAAACAUGGAAUUCAAUAUAAGGUUUGGUGGUUUGUGACAUCGUCGUCAUUUGAAUAUACGAUAUUUAUAUUGAUUAUGAUAAAUACAAUAACAUUGGCAAUGAAAUUUUAUAAACAACCACCGUGGUAUACGAAUUUAUUGGAUGCGCUCAAUAUGAUGUUUACAGCGGUUUUUGCAUUGGAAUUUGUUUUCAAACUGGCUGCGUUUAGAUUUAAGAAUUACUUUGGAGAUGCUUGGAAUGUAUUUGAUUUCAUAAUCGUUCUUGGUAGUUUUAUUGAUAUUGUAUAUUCGGAGAUAAAAGUAAGCAAAGGUCUGCAAUCAGAGACUACUGAGGCUGAAAGUGGGGCUGGAGGAGCAUCGAAGAAAUCACUUACUCCAGACCAUAAAAAUAAAAUAGCAAAUUUAGAAAACAUCGAAGACUAUGGAAAAGUUACCAAAGCUGGAUCGAAUUUAAUUUCGAUAAAUUUCUUUCGACUAUUUCGAGUGAUGCGUUUGGUUAAACUACUUAGCAAAGGCGAAGGUAUUCGAACGCUUCUUUGGACGUUUAUUAAAUCAUUUCAAGCGCUACCCUACGUAGCCCUAUUGAUUGUCAUGUUAUUCUUUAUUUAUGCCGUUAUUGGUAUGCAGGUUUUUGGAAAAAUAGCCUUAAACGAUGACUCAGCCAUAACAAGGAACAACAAUUUCCAAACUUUCCCACAAGCGGUCCUUGUGCUAUUCCGGUCGGCAACUGGCGAGGCAUGGCAGGAUAUUAUGAUGGAUUGUUCAGUUCGGCCGAAUAUAGUUGUUUGUGAUCCGAAAUCGGAUGACAGCACUAACAAGAAUUGUGGCUCGAAUAUUGCAUUUCCGUACUUCAUAUCGUUUUACGUUCUCUGUUCGUUCUUGAUCAUAAAUUUAUUUGUUGCCGUCAUCAUGGAUAACUUUGAUUAUUUGACACGGGAUUGGUCAAUUCUGGGCCCGCAUCAUUUGGACGAAUUCAUUCGGUUAUGGAGUGAAUAUGACCCGGAUGCUAAAGGGCGCAUCAAACAUCUAGAUGUUGUGACAUUGUUGAGAAAAAUUUCGCCGCCAUUGGGCUUUGGCAAGCUGUGUCCGCAUCGUAUGGCAUGUAAACGUUUAGUAUCAAUGAAUAUGCCGUUGAACAGUGAUGGAACUGUGCUAUUUAAUGCCACAUUGUUUGCUGUUGUCCGAACAUCGUUGAGCAUUAAGACCGAUGGUAAUAUUGAUGAUGCAAAUUCCGAAUUGCGGGCAGUUAUAAAACAAAUUUGGAAACGUACAAGUCCGAAAUUAUUGGAUCAAGUUGUCCCACCACCGGGAAAUGAUGAUGAAGUUACUGUUGGCAAAUUUUAUGCAACCUAUUUGAUUCAGGACUAUUUUAGAAGAUUUAAAAAACGCAAGGAGCAAGAGGGCAAGGAGGGGCAAGAUAGUAAUAAUACAGUAAGCUUACAGGCAGGCUUAAGGACAUUACACGAUGCUGGUCCGGCUUUGAAGCGGGCCAUUUCGGGCAAUCUAGAUGAGUUGCUUGAGGAACCCGAGCCAAUGCAUAGACGUAAUCACACCCUUUUUGGAAGUGUUUGGUCAUCGUUACGUCGCCACGGUAAAGGACCAUUUGCUCGAAAUCGAAAAACUCAAGGCAAUGGCAGCAACAAUGGCCUCCAAUUGCCCAAUUCAAUAUCGAAUGAUCAAUUGUAUAGCUCGAUGCAUCGCAGCGUUGCCGAUGGCAUCAAUCACAUUACAAAAACAAUCAUGCAAACACGAGUGGGUAGCGGUCCCCUGGGUUAUAAUACCGAAAUAAGUGGCAGUGGAGAACUCCGAACAUUCAGCGAGAGCAUUCCAAUGAGGCCAUUGAUGAUGAAAAAUGGAAGCAGUAGUGGUGGUCUAUUAGGUGGCAAUCCUGAUGGAGGAAGUUCAAAUCCACUUAGCAGUCAAUCUUACGAAAUGAGAGAAGGACUAGUAACGUCGUCCUCAUCGUCCUCAUCAGAGAAUGGAGACGAAAAGGAUUUAUCAUCAUAUUACUACUAUCCACAUCACCACUACCACCACCACCACCACCACCAUCAUCACCACCAUCACCAUCAUCAACAUCAAGAACAACAAAAACUCCAUCAUCACCAUCAUCAUUUUCAACCGAGACAUCGCCAGCAGAAUUUGACAUCAGGACAACAACGCCAGGAACAUCAACAACAAACAAAGGAUAAUCAAAACGAGUCGAAAGUAGAUGAGCUUCUUCUUCUGAAUUCCAAGUCCGAUGUAGUUCAACAUCAAGAUGAAGAAUUCGAUGUUGUCAUGCAUCAACCGGAGUAUCAUAAUCGUUGGAUUCAAAAUUCAUCAUCGUCGAUGGAAUUUCAUGAGCCGCCGCCGCCGCCAACAGCCUCGAUUGGGGCAGUUGGCAUUGGCAUGGCUUCGAUGACUUUGGACGAUCCUAAUUGGAAAUUCUUCGAUGACGACGAAGUAAUGGAAGAAGAAUCUCUUCGCCCAUCAGCCAUCAUAACAGACGAACAACAACAAAAACCAGCUGCAGCUGAAUCAGCAGCAAUAAGUAGUGUCAAUGCAUCUGCAUAUUCCCUGAGUCGAGUUAGACGAAGUCAGAUAAGUUCAAUAUCAACAACGACCACAACAUUGUCACCAUUAUCCUUGUCGCCACCAUUUUCGGCGACACUGGCAAAUCUACCGAAUUCGAAUAACACCAUCAACACCAAGCAAUAUCUUCCCAUGAUGACGUCACUCAAGACCGACAGCCUGAGCGAUGAACUAAUCCCACCAACUCCGCCUCCACGGCGCUUCUCCAAUCGCCUUAUCGAUAUGUGCAGCAGCAGCAGCAGUAGCUACCACCGCAAUACUAUCGGCGAUGAUUGCGCCUUCGGCCUGACCGAUGACAUCCUUGUUCCAUUUGUCGGACGUAAUGGCAGCGUGGAGGAUUCUGACGGAGCUGGUUCGGUUAUAACCAGCAUGACACAGUCGACAACUUUGGAUAAUCAAAGUGGUUCGCUGGGGGGGCAAUUUAUGACCCCCCUUAAAUAUCAACAACCUUGCUCCAGCAUAACAGAUGAUCAAGUGACAAUUACACAGGCUGUGGUGCACAGGAGUGCUUUUGGCACCGAUGAUGAUAUAAUUCCGCCAUCGAACAUACCGAUGCCAGUGGUUCAUCUAAUAACGCCGAAUCCAGUUAUGAGCGAUCAAAAUUCAGGUAUGAAUCGUAUAGCUAGCGGCCUUCGUUUGGCUCAGUCUCAGGCUAUGGCUGUAGCUGGAUUCCUUCCGCACUCGGUCGUUGUUGAUCCAUCUGAAGUGUUUGUUGAUGAAAUGGGGACAAUUAUUGAUGUGGAUGAUCGUGAUUGUGGUGAUAUAAUUGACAUGAGUAGUGUGUGUUCUUUGCCAAUGGCGGAUCUCGAUGACAUUGUUUGUAUAUAUGAUAGUAAUAACAGCGCUAGUACAAGCGGUGGUGAUGGCUGUAAUGAUAAUGAUGAUGUUGUUGAUGAUAAUGAUGGUGGCGGCGAAGAUCGCCGACUAUCGCAAGAAUUAAACGGCGGUGGAGGCGGCGACGACGAAAACAACACCAGUGGAAGUGGGCAGUUUCUUACUACUGCCUGCUGUUCUGAUAUGAAUAUAAUUCCAAUACCUUCUUCAACAACAACAACAACAUUGCUGCCACUGAUGAAAUUAAAUUUGCGGCAACAUAGCGCUAAUAGUAUUUGCCAGAUUACAAAUAAAGUCCGUCACCGAUCAUCUUACCACGGCGAAGGAGUUUCAACGGAAAAUGAACCAAACGGUGGACUUGGACAGGAACGUAUGGUACAAUCAACACCGGGUAGUCCAUUCGAUCAAAGACGUCCAACCUCGUUUGAGGUAAUUGGAUCGGCUGAGAGUCUUGUUGGAAGGGUUCUAGCUGCCGAAGGAUUAGGAAAAUAUUGCGAUCCAGAUUUUGUUGCUUAUACUUCACGUGAAAUGCAAGAAGCUCUCGAUAUGACUCGUGAAGAAAUGGACAUGGCUGCCCAUCAAAUUCUUCAACACGAACGUUCCAAAAGCAUACAUAGCGGUAAUGGACUCAAAGCUACCAGCAAAGACAACAGCAAUAGUAGUAGUCGCGGAUUGGUUGAAUUCAGUCCCAUAAGUUCUUCAAAUCGGCGUCAAUCUAAUCAAUUGCUAUCACCAAUGUCAUCACCAACAUCAAAUUAUCAUUAUCAACAACAACAACAACAAUUACAACAACCAUCACUGGCAACAUCCAGUGGAAGUAUUGAAAAACGAAGCAUUGGCAGCGGCAAUGGUAAUAAUGAUCCAACACCAUCAACUUUAUUAUCAUCUCCACAAAAACCAUCUAGAAACAGAAGUCGCAACAACUCAUAGCAGUUGGUGAGUAUUGACAAGGAUUUGUGACUUUUUUUUAUUAUUUUUAAAUUUAUAUAGAAAAAAAAAAUCUUAGUAAAAAUUGUAAAACAUUAUAUAAUGUUGUUUCCUAUAUACCUUAAAAAAAAAAAAAUAAAAAGAGAUUUUAUUUUUAAAAAAAUUAGCACUAAUUAAUAAAAUUAGGAAAAAAAAAAUAGAUAAGACUUUUUGUAAGAAACUUUUUGAAUUAUAAAAAAAAAAACCAAAUA